AUGUCGUUAUCAUAUCUUCGUUCAUGUUUUCGUCUGCAAAACCACCUUUUCAGACAGGCAAAARCACUUCGAACUUUGACUACUGCAGGAUCAGAUAAUCAAAAGCACCUAAAAAGUGUAGAUGAUUUACCUGGACCGCCAAGUGUUCCUGUAUUUGGAGCAGGAUGGCGUUUGAUCGUUGAUGGGAUGUUGUCGAAGAAGCCACUUGGUAAGAUUUUCCUCGACUCACAGGCCGAGGACGUCAAGAAGUACGGACCUAUAUUUAAAAUCGAUAUACCAGGUAUAAAACUCAUUCAGUUAGCUGAUCCCGAUGAAGUUGCAAAAGUGCUACGAAAUGAGCCAAAGUAUCCCAAGCGUUUUGACUUUCCAGCUCUCAAUUAUUAUCGUGAAAUAAGAGAUACGAUUCCUGGUGUUUUCUUUGCUAAUGGAUCAGACUGGCACAAGCUACGAAGUACCGUWAGUAAACGUAUCCUGAAACCUCGAGAAGUUGCUGAAUAUGCACCUACCUUCAAUGAAAUCAUCACUGACUUUAUUGAACGAUUAGAUAAGCUACGAAUAACACCUGGAGGAGAAAUGGAAUACGAGGUAAAAGAUAUUGAUAACGAGCUGUUUAAGUGGUCGUUCGAGUCAGUUGCCCAUGUUUUAUUUGACMGAAGGUUUGGCUGCCAAGGAGACGACGUGAAUCCUGAUGCACAGGCCUUUAUCACUUCUGUUGGUGGGUUUUUAGCCACUGCAAUUCAAAUUGGUUUCCUUCCAGUCUGGUUUUACAAGAUUUACGAAACCAAAACCUUCAAGGAAUUUGUUUAUCAUUUUGAUACGAUGAACAAGUAUGCUGAACUUUUCAUCAACAAGAAAGUACAACAGCUGGAGAGAGAAGGAAGGUUGAAAAGUUCUUCUGCAGACAAAGAAAGCCAAGACGUGGAGAGAGUAGGAUUCGUGGAAUUUAUUCUGUCUAAUGAUAACAUGACAAAAGAUGAUCUCAUGGCAAGUAUCAUUGAUUUGCUGUUUGCUGGUGUAGACACAACUUCUAACACAAUGCAGUGGAUACUCUACAUGAUGGCCAAGAAUCCAGACAAGCAAGACAAACUUUACCAAGAAAUAACUUCAGUGUUGAAGAMAAAUGAGCUUCCAACUUCAACUAACCUAAACCACAUGCCAUAUCUAAAAGCUUGUGUAAAAGAAACAUUGAGAUUGUAUCCAGUACUUUCAUCCCAGAAUCGACAAAUACCAACUGAUAUGGAAAUCCUUGGAUAUUGCCUACCAAAGGGCUCACAGGUUGCUUUCUUGAGCUUUUACAUGAGUCGAGAUGAAAAGAAUUUCAAGCAAGCCAACAAGUUCAUUCCAGAAAGAUGGUUACGUGAUGAGAAUAACCAGAUAUCGGAGGCACUUCAUGCAUUCUCUUCCAUUCCAUUUGGUUUUGGGACAAGAAUGUGUGCUGGGAGACGUAUUGCUGAGCUUGAGCUAUACCUGCUCACAACAAGAUUGUUACAGAAAUAUGAAAUAAAGUACCCCGAGGGUGAAGAGGUUGAACCAUUUAUGCGUGGUGUCACUAUCCCAGACAGACCUCUUCGAGUGAAGUUCAUUGAAAGAUCAGCCACAUCUUAA